CAGUGUGACGUCAAGGAAAAUAGCGGAUAUAAAAUUUGGCUUGUCACAUCAGGAUCAAUAGAGCCACGUUGUGACAAUUUUAUUAAGUUAACAAUCUUAGUUAAAUGAAGUUAGCUUAAUAAUCAUGUCAGUUCCUUUUGAGAAUGGAGUUGAGGACGUGCCCCAGUAUGACCCUGAAAUUCUCAAACAAAUAGAUUUCAGCAAGUCAGUAGCACAGUAUGAUCCCCCCAUCUCACCUGAACACCCAGGGGAAAAUCUCAUUAUGAGACCGUUGUGUUUAGGAGAUUAUGACAGAGGUUUUCUUCAGCUACUAGAACAGUUAACAAGAGUAGGAGAUUUGACCAGAGAACAAUACACAGCUAGGUUUAACCAGAUGAAGAACUGCGCUGAUAAUUAUUAUGUGACAGUAUUAGAAGACACAGAGACAAACCAAGUUAUAGGCACAGGCACACUUGUCAAGGAAAUCAAGUUUAUACAUGAUGCCUCCGCGAGAGGGAGAGUAGAAGAUGUUGUUGUCAGUAAUCAAUACAGAGGAAAACAACUAGGCAAGCUACUGGUGGACAGCAUGACUCUACUAAGUGAAAAGGUUGGCUGUUACAAGGUUUCGCUCGAGUGUCGUGACCCCUUGGUUAAGUUCUACUCUCAGUUUGGUUUCAUCAGGGAGAGUAAUCAGAACUAUAUGAUGCAAAAGUGGUGGAAUUAAUGAUGACGUUUACUAAUGUGACCAUAUUUUAGCAGUUUAUUUUUAUUUACAGAUUAAUAUGAUUAUAUGCCAUUUAUGGCCAUCAUGUGCUGACAUCAUGUCAAUGAUGUGUUUAUAUAAUGGGAAUGUUAAUUAUGUGCUAAUAUAUCAUUGAUAUAUAGAGGAUAAUUACUUUUAUCAUAUAGUAUCUAGCACUUCUAAUACAGUCAAAGUACAUGUAUAUGAUAUUUUUCAGAUCACAUACUUUGAGAAUUUGGUGAUGGUGGUGACAUUCCAUAAUUGAUGUAUGCACGCAUAGUCAUCUAACACAAACGUUUUAAUAGCAACUUUACACUGCAAGCUUUCCAGCGUUCAGCGCAACAUAUUCUUGUCAUUUGAAUAUUGCGUAAUGGCUGACUGGAAUUAAAGUUGUGUAUAGUGUUUACAAAAACAGUUUGUAUUAAGCUUGAGAUUAUAUGAUAAAAGAGAUUAUUACACUUGUGCCUUUCUGUAUCGUCAGUGUUAUAUAUUAGAAAUAAAAAUAAUGUAUUAUACUUGCAUAAUACAAUUUGUAUUCCUAAUGUAUGGUAUUGACGAUAACCAAAAUCACUGGUAUUAACCUCUAUGUACCGAGUUUGUUCUAUUUAUUACCCCAGCUAUUCUUUUUUCUAAAACCUUAUUUUUUUAAUAUAUAUACAUACAUGUAUAUACUCGUAUAGAAACUAUGUAGACCUCUUUAUACAUUGUUUUGAAUAUUGCUAUAACUUUGUAUUUUAAUCAUGUUCACAGAUAAUUUUCAAAAAACAAAUUUCAAUAUAUUCUGGAGUGCACAUUGCACCAAAGCAGAAUAUUUCUCACUGAGAAAAUAUGAAAAAUAUUUUCCUAGUUACGAGUUACUGCUGGGGUCAUAAAUGUCAAUAUGACAUUCAUAUAUUAUGUGAUAUACCAGUGAUAUAAAAAAAUUAUAUAUUUUUUUAAUAUGGCAGCUAUUUUACUAACUCAUGUAUCUUUAUAUUAUGAUAAAAAAUACUUUGUAUAUAUACUGUUAUUGAAAGAAAUAAUGUCCGGCCAUGUUACGUUUACAUGUACAGUGAAGCCUGUUCUAAGUGGUCACCAAAAUGGUUGUCAAAACUAUUCACUUAGAUAGGUGGCCACUGAUUACAGGUUGUCACUUUCACCAUAUAUAAAAAUGUGUUUUAACUACCUGUAACGAUUAUUGAUGGUGGUGUGCCGUAUAGUGCCUAUUUUCUCUUUUUGUUUUUAUCGUACUAUACAUUUUAAUCCACUUUUUGUCCUGUUGGAUUCCUCUUUGAUAAGCUCUUUCUCAUUCCAGCCAGAUCUCUACAUUUCUUACUUUUUUGUGUGGUUAUUUAGACCAUUUGUCUUAGAUCAUUGUGACUUGUGACAAACAGAUUUUAAAACGUUUUUGCUCAUACCUUUUUCUCACUAUGCUUGACUUCAUUUUUCCUGUUGACAUCCUUGUUUGUACAUUCCUGUCUAUGGGUUGGUGCAUAUGAAAAAAAUCCUUUGCUACUAAGUAGUAAAUUGAAAAAGAGUAGCCUAUGGAGUGACGACAAUGGGUUUUUCUCUCUCAUCUGUGUAGUUCUUAACCAUACAUAUACAUGUAUGUCCGACACCAUAAAUAAAUAUUUGUUGAAUGCAUCAUUAAAUAAAAAUGUAUUUUUCUCUUUUCUCUUUAAUAACGUGAUUAUGAACUCUUGCAAGAUUUUUAAUUGGAUGAUUUGGGGUUCAAUUCAUGUGCUACUUUGUUUUGUUUACAAUAAAUGUGUGCAUUUCUAGUUAUUUAAAUACUGGUAGAUUUAUUGUCAUACCAGACAAGCUACAAAUGCCAAAGUUAACUUUCCCAAAGACCGGUGCAUCGAUUAGUUGAUGUGACAUGCAUGUGAUGAGAUGGGGAGGGGUGACAAUCCAUAAAUAGUAUUUGAUAUUAAUUAUGAAUAUCUGAAUAACAGAAAAACUUUAAAUAAUUGAAAACAUUGCAUCAUUACUCGAAUGUAUGAGUGUAUUCAGUCUCUUUGUAAACAAUAUAUUUAUGUGAACUAUUUUACAUCUUGUGACACUAGUUUUGUACAGAGCACCUUAUCGCAGAAUACGUUUAAAGACUUUAAUAUAUUAGUUGAGAAAUGACAUUUGUAAAUGAAGGUAAAUUAUAAGAUAAUACUUCUGUAUAAUUUGUCCUAGAUCUCACGGAGUGUAUGUAUUUGGAACCACAGGUACCCCCAAACAGAAACCCCUAAUACAAAUACUAUAGUUACAUAUAUAUAUAUAUAUAUAUAUAUAUACAUUACUAUAACAUAUCUGACGUUAAUGUUUGGGGAUACCUGUGCUUGGAACAUGAAGAAAGAUGAUUUUAUGUGAAAUAUAAUAAUUACAAGCAAUUUGUCUCAAAUGAAUAGAGAAUAAUAUACUGAACUCUGUUGAAAAUGUAGCAAUCAGACUGUAGUUUUUUUUUAUUAUGGUAAGUAACCCACAUUGUUUUUACAAAUUUGAUGUUUUAGAGCAUCCUCACUAAUGCAAUAACAAUAACAACUGAAAAUUGAGUGAUACAUUUUCAAUGGAGCAGUAUGAAUGAGUUCACAGUUAAAGGGACAGACUCUAGUUUUUAAACACUACAGCAUAUUUUUCACCAUUAGCGAUUUUUAUGAUCACUGAAAUCAAACAUUACUUUUAUUUUAUUCUUUAGAUUAUCUAUUUCCACAGAACCGAAGUGUUCAUCUUGGUGUUUUGAAUACCAAAAAAUGCAGGUUUCAUAUUUUUAAUAACGCACUUGUGUUUGAGAAGUAGCAGUUAUUGAUUCGAGUUGUAGUCUUAUUUUUAAGGAUAUUUCCCAGUUUUAACAUCACACACUCUUCCUUCACUCUAUUGUAACUUUAUCCAAAUGAUUUACAGUUAUGUAAAUUAACUAAACUUAGUGUCCAUUUUUUACAGGAUAAAACUAGGGUCUGUGCCUUUAAUCCCGGGUGAAAUUAUGAAAUAUUUUAAACAGCUGGGACAUGUUUUAUUUGUUUUAAUCAGACUUCUUUCAAUUUGUCAUUUAUAUAAUGCUAUUUAUUAAUCCAUUUUCAUGUUCAGCCACAUCAGAUCAUUCUUGUCUAAGCUGAUUAACAAAGUUUCAUAUUGUUACUACAGUCUGUGAUGAAAAAGUUGUUAAAUUUCCAUAAAUUGUUUUUGAUGGCUGAAUAAACUUUUUUUGACACCUUUUAUCAUUAAAUAUAUAUAUAUAUAUAUAUAUAUAUAUAUACUUAAUGAAAUUCAAUCUUUUAAACAAUAAUGGCAUGAUCUCCUCAAAUCCACUCCACUUGCAAUUAUUAAUUUAUCCGUUUGUCCACUAACAUGACAUUGUUAUUCUGGACUUUAUUAUUAUAUGUAUAUAGGCAGAUAUGAAGGUAUGUGUGUGGGUGCAAAUAUAUGUAUAUAAUAUAUUAUUUUGUGCAAUAAAAUGUUACGCUUUGAGAAA